GGCCGGCGGUAGCUUCAGCGGCAGCGGCAGCGUAGGAGGAGGAGUAGUGAUGCGGGAAUGUGACGACGUAGGAGAGCCAUCGAGCGACGAGAUACUCGCACGGCUGACAGGGUUCGCAACACCACAGAAACGCUUCUCCGAGGCGCAUAGGCCCGUGGACGUUGAAGAUCUGCUCACGUCGCUCGCUCGCAUCAAAAUGCAACUUGAGCUGACCGACAGCGUCGAGGACAUUCCUUUUCUCAGUCAGCUGCUCUGCCACGCAGACUUCCUAGCCGCUCUCAAUCUUCACAACCAGCUCGUCGGAGCACUGGCCAGUCACAGGUGCUGCGUGCCCGUAAGCACCGAGGCGGAACAACUACUGGAUGAGGUGAGCAGCAAUUCUCACUAGGCUGUCGGUCCCUGAAAG